AUGCCGCCGCAGCUCGCCGCCGCCCUCCGCCGCCACCUCCUCCUCCCCCACCGUUCCCCCCUCCUUCCCUCCCGCCACGUUAGCCUCUCCGUCAGCCACUCCUCCUCCGACCAAAGCGACAUCGAGUACGCUCACCCUAUCCCCCCCGCCCCCGACGACGACGGCGAGCUCACCUCCUUCCUCCGUCGCAUCUCCCACGCCUCCUCCGUCGCGUCUUCCCCGAAAGACGCCCUCUCCCUCCUUCUUUCCUCCUCUUCUGUCCCAUCGCCGUCCCCUCCCUCACUCGUCCGCGCGCUGUGGGAACUGCGCCGCGACCCGGAGGCAGCAGCGCUCGCGCUUCGCUGGGGCGACGAGUGCAGCGCCACGUCCGGCGCUGAGGGGGCGGGGUCCCUGCCGGCCGAGGCGUGGCACCUGGCCAUAUGGUCGGCGGGGAGGGCUGGGCGGUUCGACCUCGCGUGGGCGGCCGUGCGGCGGAUGCAGCGCCGUGGGGUGCUGACCCGCCGUGCCAUGGUCAUCUUGAUGGAGAGGUAUGCAGCUGCCAAUGAAGUGAAGAAAGCAGUCAAGACCUUUGAUGUGAUGGAGAGGUUUAAAGUGGAAGUGGACCAAACUGUAUUCUAUUCCCUUCUUCGUGCUCUUUGCAGAAGUAAAAACAUAGAAGAUGCCGAAGAGUUGCUUCUUUCAAGAAGGAAAUUUUUCCCACUCACGGCCGAAGGUUUCAAUAUAAUACUUGAUGGUUGGUGUAAUAUCUUCACCGAUGUGGCCGAAGUAAAGAGAGUUUGGCGAGAAAUGGCAAAUUGCUGCAUUACUCCUGAUGGUACGUCUUAUGCUCUCAUGGUCUGUUGUUUCUCAAAGGUAGGGAACCUUUUUGAUACUCUGAGGGUUUACGAUGAGAUGAAGAAGAGGGGUUGGACUCCUGGUAUUGGUGUCUAUAACCAACUUAUUUAUGUUCUGACAAGAGAGAAUUGCAUGAAGGAUGCAAGAAAUGUUCUCAGUAAAAUUGUGGAUGAAGGUCUCCAACCCGAUGUUGAAACAUACAACAGUAUUAUAGUUCCACUUUGUGAAAGUUGCAAGCUUGAGGAAGCACGAGAGGUGAUGGAAGACAUGACAAUGAAGGGCAUUGUUCCAACCAUUUUGACGUACCAUGCAUUUCUGAAACAGGAAGGCAUUGACGAAACACUGCAGCUACUGAAGAAAAUGAAAGAAGAUGGCUGUGGCCCUAACAGCGACACAUUUCUCAUGCUCAUUGAUAAGUUUAUCCAAUUGAAUGAGUCUGGAAAUGCUCUGAGGGUGUGGACUGAAAUGCGAAGGUACGACAUUAGGCCUGGUUAUGCACACUACAUGGCAGCGGUCCAAGGUUUGAUUAAACAUGGAUGCAUACCACGAGCUUUAGAGUAUUAUGAUGAAAUGAAGGCAAAUGGUUUUGCUUCGGACCCAAUACUUGAUAAGGAAUUCAAAACUUUUCUACUGGCCAACAGAGACCACUGGAGAGGAGCAGGCAAAUACAACCUUAUUCCACAGCGUAUCAAACAUUCUACAAGACGGACGAGAAUCCCGUAA